AAGAUCAAGCAAAGCACGUACGAAUUAAUUCUCCAACUAUAAAUAAAGGGUCUCUUCCACUCUCAUUUUCCACUCUCCAAAACUCUCAUUAAACAUUCUCUCUGUCUCUCCAAAUUUAAUUUCAUUAUUAAAACAAAUAAAGCUGUUUCUCUCUCCUCUUGGUUCGUACGGAUCCACAUGGCAGCCAUGAAUAACCAUGCUUCUCAACUCCAAUACAUAGAACAAAUUCUUCUUGGUGAUCUCUCUCCUAUUACAAACAUCAACCAACAAAACAAAUGGCCUGUAAUUUCUGUUGAUUCAAACUCCUCUCAUAAUUCCAACAUUGAAAUUUCAACUUACUUGAAAGAAUCCACAGAUAAUUUCUUCGACUUAUUCAGUUCUGAUCAUGAACAAAUCCAAGUCUUACCCAACGCUAACACGAACGAUUUCGAAGAAGCCAAACCACCACCUCCGCCUCCGCUGUUCAAUUUCACAACUCAAUUGGGUAAUAAUAAUAUUAGUUCCUUCGAAUUUGAAUUCGAAUCCAAACCCCAAAUACUCGGCAGCGGGAGCUCUCAAUGGAGCCGGAAACCAUCGCUUUCGAUUUCUCUCCCUUCGAAAACAACGCAGUGGAUUCAAUUCGGAGAUCCGAACCCGAGAGAAUCUGAAGAGGAGAAAGCUAGCGAGGAAGACCAGACUCACUACAGAGGGGUUCGGAGACGGCCGUGGGGAAAGUACGCGGCGGAGAUCCGAGACCCGAACCGGAAAGGCUCUCGGGUUUGGCUCGGAACUUACGACACAGCCAUUGAUGCUGCUAAAGCUUACGACCGAGCCGCUUUUAGGCUUCGUGGCUCAAAAGCCAUACUCAACUUUCCGUUAGAAGCCGGUAACUAUAAAUGCAGUAGUGCCGUUGUCCAUAUGAAACGACGUCGUGAAGAGGAAGAAGCAGCUGAACGCAAUGCGGUAGAGGAAGUGAAGAAGGAGAAGUUAACGGAGUUUGAUGAUGAGACAAUCAGUUACAUAAACGACAUGCCGUUGACGCCGUCAGAUUGGACGGAAGGGAAGGGGGCUCUUUGGCCGUUAUCUCCACAUCCUAUGUUGGGUUAUUCUUAUUCAGAGUUACUAAUUGCAUAAAGGAUCUCUUUUUUAACACGUACAAUGGCAUUGAAUUAUUUCAUUAAUUAUUCUGAUAUUGGUUUAAUUGUAGCAUUGGAAAUAAAUUUGGUUGUUUUGUGUGUACGUAUAAGUUCUAACUGUACAUGAUCUAUUGUUAAUUUCUCUGCUAAUUAACCUUCCAAAAUUGGAAUGUGUGGGAUUUUUUAAAAUAUUAUUUUGAAGAUUGCAUAAUAUCUUUAAAUUAAUAGAAAUGCUAAAAGACACUAGUGGUGUCUAACACUCUUCUACGUGUCAGUAUUGUUAUUGGUCUAACUAAGUAUUGGAUCCCACAUAAUUUAAUAUAAUACCUUUUAGGAAGUAUCGCUAGCCAAUCACAACAUGACAUAUCGAGAAAGUGUUAAGUACCACGGGUGUCUAAUAGGAAUGCUCUUAAAUUAACAAAGGCAUAAUGUUGGGAAGAAUUUAUGAAUGCAUUGAGAAACACACUGUUGUAAAGAAUUUAUAUAAAAAUAGGAUAAUUGCUAUUAGCCACUUUGAACUUAGUCAAUACCAUACUCAUAUAAUAUACUCAUAUAAUAUGAGGUGACAUUAUUUAUUAAAGGGAUUA